UGUCUCCACUUUCUGUACUGCUUUUUAACAUGCUGGCAAGUAGAGGUUCCGUUAAAUGCCACUUAGCUGCGGAGAAGUGACAGAGUACAUUUGGAAGCUGUGGGGAAGAUCAAAAUGAAGCUUUCGGCAAGCAUCAUUGAAAUAAUUGCCUGUUGUAUCUUAAUCUUUGUGAGCAUAGUUGGAAAUGCCAUAUUGAUUCAUUGCACCUGGAGAUGCAUUAGGAGACGUCUGCCAACAUCCUUCACACUUAUUUUUAGCCUUGCAAUAGUGCAUCUGCUCAAGAACUUGGUAGUCAAUACUAUAAAUAUUAUUUCCAGUGCGGGGAUUUCUACUAAUGCCACCUACUGCAAAAUAGGACUAUUUACUUCUUCACUGACCACCACUUUGGAGAUCUGGUUUACACUUUACAUGGCUGUGUUCUAUUGCGUUAAACUCAAUAGAGUUGUCCACCCUCGACGGACUCCUCCAAACGGCAAAUGGCGUAAACAUCACGUAAUAGGUGUAAUCGCUCUAUGGAUUACUGGAAUUGCAGUUUCUUGCCCAUAUCUAAUAUUUGGGGAGAGUUUGGAAAACCAAAGCCUGUUAAAUUCUUCUUUAUGCAUUCAACACGGUUUCCUUUACGACCAAUGCAGCUUUGCAUUUGGAGACCCCCAGGUGGAACUGUAUUAUCAUAAAAUAUUUAUGGUUAUUAUAGACCUCUUUCCCCUGCUGAUACUAGUGAUGGUCAGUUGUCGCACACUUCUCCUUUUUAGAGAGCAGAAGAAGGCUACUUAUGGGAAUAUCUGGAUUGGGCACGAUGCUUCAGAGACGGAAGUUUUGCGGGCAUCCAAAAUAAUAAUAUUCUUAACGCUUCUAAUCACAUCUCUUUGGGUCUCCCAUUUUGUGUUGGUCUCUUUCUUGAAAAUUGCCAUGUCCUGGUAUUUAACUCCUACCAUCCUCAUUCUGCUGUGUUCUGUAUAUUCUAGUUUAAGUCCCUACUUACUUAUGCUAAUUAAUUACAAAAUCAGUUUAAAGAUUAGGGCUCUGAGUUCAUUUUGCUGUGCAAAUGCAAAGAAACCCACGUUGUCUGAUGGUGAAAAGUCAUCAGUACCGGUGGAGUCCGUUGCUGAAGACUGAAUAGCGGCAUAUAUAUUUUUGUAUGACAUUGAUGGGUAAAAUGGUAUUGACUGUUUUUACAAAAGACAAUUUUACAGAAAGUUUUGUGGUGAGCAGGAAUGGAAAGGUACAAAACCAUUACGACUAAAUGUGUUCUAUAGCACACAGAAAAUACAUUGCUCCUUAUCUAGUCUUUUUUUGACAAAUAAAUUGUAUAUUUGACUUCACUUAUUAUAUACGAUACUUAA